AAAAAAGUUUUCACCAAUGUAUUAAAUUUAUUAAUGAAAAAGGAUCCACAUCAAUUAUUUUACUCACCAGUUACUGAAGAGAUUGCACCCGAUUAUUUUACCUAUAUCAAAAAACCAAUGGAUUUCUCAACAAUGAUCAAAAAGAAUAAUGAUGGUAAAUACAUUUCAAUCGAUCUUUUCACUUACGAUUUUACAUUGAUUUGUGAAAAUUGUAUGAAGUAUAAUGAUGCAAAUUCAGUAUAUUACAAGGAUGCUAGAAAGUUAUUAAUA